CAGCAGGUGGCAAAGCAAUUUAAAAACCCAACGAUUCGGUAAAUGGAGCUCCACUUGGCCAGCGGCAACAGUCGGAGAACUAUGUGGAGCACAAAUCUCUGGUGGAAUGGACUUAUGCUGCUCGCGUGCCUGCAGAGCGUGGAGCCGAAAAAAUAUAUCGUGCGGACGGACGGGUGUAAGAUCGAGGAUCCGUAUCCGUAUGAUGCCGAGGUGUGGAAGAACUUUAGGCGCAUCGAGUACACGGAAUGCAGCACGCUCCAGCCGCUCACCCGGGCGGAAUACAAUGCCAGCACGGAGUUCUAUCAGCUCCAUAUCAAUCAGAGCGCGUUCCAGCAGUAUCUGAAGAUUGAUCUGGACUUCGCGGCGCAUUCAUCGAGCUCGCCCAGCUGCUGCUAUAUGCCCGUGGAACGUGUCACGGAGCGGCAGGUGGAUCUGGGCAAGAAUUGCAUACCCUUCGAGAGCGGCGUACAGCUGCGCAACACGACGCUCGGCUUCCUCGUCCAGUGCUAUGCCAAUGGCAAACGAAUCUAUACGAACGGACACGCAACCGUGCCGGAGCGCGAGCACGUGCGACGCCGCCUGGCGGAGUGGGCGGUAGAACGUGGAGCAGCUGUGCCCAGUGUGCUCAUCGUCGCCAUGGACACGAUAUCGCGGCAGCAGCUGAUGCGCGCGUUGCCCCUGACACGGCAAUAUCUGCAGUACACGGGCUGGUUUGAGCUGGCGGGCUACAACAAGGUGGAGGACAACACGUUGCCCAAUGUGCUGCCUUUGACGACGGGCUACAAUCGCAACAGCGUCAAUCACAUGUGCAAUCCGGAUGAGGAGGAGGGCCUGGAACGUUGUCCGUUCAUUUGGAAACUCUACCAGGAUCUGGGCUAUGUGACGGCCUUCGGGGAGGACGACACGCCCAUCAACACAUUCAACUAUCUGAUCAAGGGUUUCCGCCAACCGCCCGUGGACUAUUAUUUGCGUCCGUAUUUGAUGGCCGCGGAGCAGUGGCUGGACGGGAGCGACCAGCUGGAGCAGGACUCACAGCCGUGCCUGGGCUAUCGGCAUGCCGCGGAGCAUGUGUACGACUAUGCGCUGGAGUUCACGAGUCGCUAUCGGAACGACAGCUACUUCGGGUUCUUCUGGACGAACACGCACAGCCACGGGCACAGCAUAUCCCGGACGAGCGCAAUGGAUCGGUAUAUGCGCCGGUUCUGGCAGCGCAUGGUCGAGCAGGGCACCAUGGAGCGCAGCGUUGUGUUCUUUUUGAGCGAUCAUGGUCUGCUGGAUGGAUCCACCAGGCGGACGCCGCUUGGCUGGCUGGAGGAACGUUUGCCCUUCCUCUUUAUUUGGCUGCCGCCGCAUUUGAAGCAAGCCCAUCCGGAAUUUGUGCAGGCACUGCAUGAUAAUCGUCAGCGUUUGACCAGCCCGUUCGAUGUGUUCGUCACGCUGAAGCACAUCCUCCGGCUGGCCAGUCCCAAUGACCUGGCCCAUUUGCUGGGCGAUGCCGCGGAUUGCCCCAGCUGCCAGAGCCUGCUGCAGCCGGUGCCGCUUUCCCGGACCUGUGCAGAUGCCGGCAUUCCGGAGCAUUGGUGCACCUGCAGAUCGUACUACACCUACAGCAGAUAUACGUCCACGGAUUAUCUGAUGGCCCAGCUGAUGGUGCGGCACAUUAAUGCUCUCUUCGAGAAAUACAGAGAUGGCAAAUAUGCGGGCCUCUGCAAGCCCUUGACUCUGAUGAACAUCACGCGGGCCUCGAUUGCCCGGCUCAAUAAGGCCGAUAAUCCGCGCAUCUCAAUACAUCGGCUGCAGAUCCAGGUCGAGCCCACGCAGUCCAUUUACGAGGCAACCUUGAGCCACAAUACCAGCUCCCAGGAUAUGGUUAUAUCAGGCAUUAGUCGUCUGGAUGAGCACAAGGACUUCUGCUAUGGCGAACAAUUGUAUCAAUUUAUUUGCAAGUGUCGCUAGGAACAGAUUAUCACUAGGAUUGCUCAGGUGUUAAUUUGUUAUAUAGAAAUGAAUAUUAUAAUAUGUACUUACCUGAAAGUCACAUAGAUGAGCACAAUUUUAUUUGAAUCUCUUAGUACGAGGCAAAAAGACGUUUAUAUACCACUGAAAGAGAAAGAAGUAGAGUUAGUUUUAAUUUUAAUAUCAAAUUUUUUAAAUUCAAAUUCAAACCAACCUGCGCCAAAUCAAAAAAUCGAUAUUUAUAAUGGGCGUCAUCGAUAGUUGCUCACCACGAAGCUAUGACGAUAGUUGGCAACUAUCAGAUAUUUAUCGUCAAGUGUUAUCGUUGCUGCUCAACAAUCGAUAAUCGUGCUGCCACUGCGUUAUCGAACAAUUUCAAAUGCCUAUAUUUAAGAAAAUACGCAAUAAAGUU